AUGACGGCCCAAAGUGAUUACCUUUUGAAUGAAGUUGAGUUCUCCAAACUGGCCGAUGGCAAGAAGGCCAUCUACGUCUACAACUGGCUUCGCAAUCUCUCGAAGCUCCUGCUUCGUACGCAAAAGGAUGAAAUCAGAGAUUUUCAAAAGACACUGGUCGAUCAGCUGAUGAAGCAAAUGAACACCCUAAAUGGACAUCCGACGAGAAAGCUUAUCGCCAAAUGUCUCGCUACAAUUUUCACCAUUGGAGAUACCUUCUUGUUGUUUGACGCCAUCAAUAAGUGCAUUGAAAUUCUUAAGAACAAAGAUGAUUCGGCGCAAGUGCAAUCGUCAAAACUAUCUGCAAUUGUUUGUAUAGGGAUCAUGUACGAAAGCUUAGGAAGGUUGAUGGGACGAACUUACGAAGAAACGGUGCAAAUACUUUUGAAAUUAUUAAAAAAUGCAGACUCGCAAACUCGUUUUGAAAUUUACACAACAUUGAAGAUGAUCACCAUUGGAAUGGGCACUGCAGCUAGUUCUAUUCAUCGAGACAUUUACAAGUCACUGAAGCACGGAAUGGGAGAUCGAUCUAUGCCUGUCCGCGCUAAUGCCGCCAAAUGUCUGCAUCACCUCAUUGAGUUUGCACCUUUUCUCUACACAACAGAAAUUGAAAAUGUCUUUUCACUGUGUUUCCGGGCACUGGAUGGCUCCAACUACGAAGUGCGUUGCGCCGUUGCACAAACACUCGGAUUUUUAGUUGCCACAACCCAAAGUCCAAGUGUCAAGCAGAACCUGCAAAUAUAUCAGGGAGCGACAAACAGUUCAAACAAAACCCGAAUAGUCUCCCUCGAAGAAGCAUUAAACUUGUUGGCCUCUGGGUAUCUUCGUGGUGGUAUUGGCUUCCUCAAGGCAGGUGAAAUGAUCAAAGGCAGCUCGACGGUGAAUCGUGAAGUUCGUCUCGGCAUCAGCCACGCCUAUGUUGCCUUUGUCAAUGAGAUGGGCGCCAGCUGGGUUGAGAAAAAUAUUGUUUUCUUUUUGGAUCACCUCUUUGAAGUGCUGACCAAUGCCAAGUCAUGUGCAACUCACUUGGACGCCAUUUACAGUCGCCGCUGUGUCACUUUCAUCCUGCGAAUGGUCAUUGGCAAAGUUCUCAGUGAAAAUGGGCAGUUUCAGGCGUUGAAGGAAAUAGUCAAAAUCAUCUCAAAGUAUUCUCGCAUUGGCCACUCAGCACUGCCUCGAGCGGCCAAUGCAAAGAAUGGCUUCGAGAUGAACAACACCGCCGAAGAGUGCUCUCCCGCGAGUUUGGCCAACUCUGCAGCCAAAAGUGCAUCGGCGAUUACCAACGAUGUACAGCUGGCCCAGCACGCCUUGGUGGUGGCGUUGCUGGAGUUGGGGACCUUAGUGCAGCAACUGGGCCCAUCGUGUCUUCCCUUUCUGCUGGACACUCAACUGGCCGUCAUUGAGACCGUCUGCUGUGUGGUCAAUCACCCGGCGCAUGUAGUCCGCCUCUCUGCGGCCUGGUGUCUGCGGUGUGUCUGCUCUUCGGUGAACUGUCAGCUGACGCCUCUCUUUGACCGUUCUCUAGAGCGUUUGGAGACACUUCGAUCCAGUCCUGAAUCAAUCAACGGCCACUCCUAUGUCAUAUCGGCACUUCUCGGCACUGUGCGCUACACUCCACUGGGAAUACCGCAGAACAAGGCCAAGUUGGUGUUCAACAUUGCCGAAGACUUACUGCGGACGGCCUCGCAGAACAGUCGCCUGUCGAUGCCGCGCACUCAGGCUGGCUGGCAGUUGAUGGGCGCCGUGAUGACGCUGGGCCACUCGGGGGUGAAAGGUCUGCUGCCUCGUCUGCUGUUGCUGUGGAAGAACUCCUUUCCUCGGAACACCAAGGAACUGGACUCUGAGAAGGCUCGCGGUGAUGCCUUCACCUGGCAGAUUACACUGGAGAAUCGAGCCGGUGCACUGGCGGCGAUGGCCAGCUUCCUCGCCUGUUGUCCCAAGCUGGUCACCGAUGACAUUCGCCGGCGACUGCUGACGCCGAUAGAGUCCGCCAUCACAAUGCUCGUCUCACUGAAUACGCUCUUCAAGACGUUAGGGCCGGCCAUAAAAGCCAGCUACACGAUGGUUCGCUUGAGACUGUAUCAGGUGCUGCUCCUCCUACCGCCACAGCUGUACGAAAACUGCUUCGCCAAUCUGCUCCGACUUCUCGUGUCUGAUCUGACCUUGACGGAGAAUGUGGCCAACACGACAAGCUCAUUGCUGCGAAAUCUCAUUCAGACAAAUGCCGACAUCAUUUUGGGCUCAUGGAUUCAGGAGACGGAGCACCAUCUUAUUGAGGAUCAAUUGCAAGCCUUUCUAUCAUCUGGCGUUGGUUCCAUUGAAUACGAUCCAACAGCGCUGUACAGAGCCACCAGUGAGCAGACGCAUCCAUCUCCACUGCCUCUCGCUGUGAUGAUCAUCAACAAAUCAGCACUGGUCUUUGCUUCAGUCUUUCCCUUCGUCGCUCAGAAGCAUCGAGUACAAAUGUUGAAUCACUUUGCAGAGUGCAUCAAACUGGCUAAAUCAUCUCGUCAAGAGGCGAUCCAGAUCAACAUACAGACAGCACUACUAGGCGCAUUGAAAACUCUGGCAGAAAGCAAAAUGAACUUGGGCACUGAAGAGGUGCGCAAACUGGUAGUGGCGAGCAUUUUCAGUACGCUAAAUCACUCCAACCCGUUGAUUCGAUACGCAUCGGCGGAAAGCAUCGGCCGGUGUGUGCAAAUCAUCAACGACGGCAAGUUCCUCUCUGAGAUUACCCAGCAGUGCUUUGAGAAGCUACGAACCGCAAGGGAUGCUCUCACUCGAACGGGCUACUCCCUGGCCAUUGGCUCCAUUCAUCACUACGUCGUCGGCAUGGGCUCGGUGCAGCAGCUGAAGACGAACAUCAGCCUUCUGCUGGCACUGGCGGAAGACCACUCUUCGCCGUCGGUGCAAAUUUGGGCACUUCAUGCGUUGACUUUGAUUGCCGAGUCGGGCGGCCCAAUGUUUCGUUCCUACGUAGAGCCUACACUAAAUCAGUGUCUGAAGAUACUGCUCGUAUUGCCGCCUUCACUGAUUGACGUUUACCAAAGUAUUGGCAAGUGCCUCUCCGCUUUAAUCACAACAAUUGGGCCUGAAUUUCAGUCUUCUUCUCAUUCGAUCAAUGAAAUUCGUCUAUCUACCUUGAUCGCAUGCUCAGUGCUUCAAGAGCACGGUGACUUUCUGGUUAAGAGUGAAACUAUUGGAUGUCUGCAACAGCUGCACAUGUUUGACCGCAAAAACUUUGACCUUAAUGAACUUAUCUUCCUUCUAUGCGAUGGCUACUUAAGCACUCAUUAUCUUCUUCGUAAAGCAUCCAUAUCAUGUUUGCAUCAAAUUGCUCAAAAAGAAUCAAAGCCAUUAAUCGACUGUACCUCAGAGUGGCUCCAGCAGAAUAAGGCCAACAAUCAAGUGGGCGUUAUUUACAACUUUAAUACUAGAGCAAACAAUGGAUUUCCAGGCAUUCUUACAGCAUUACUUGACUUUGAGAACGACAGUUUUAACGUGUCAAAUAUCAAGAAGAUUCUCACAUGUCUUAUACAGAAUAUUGAUGAAUUUAAUCUCAAUUUAUGGCUUCAUUUGUGCAAAGAAGUGCUUAGUGCAGCAGAUAACUCACUGAAUGAAAACGAAGUGGAGCACGAAGUUGAAGAAGGCGAGUUUGAGGAAAGCGACUUCAAAGCCGUGGAUAGUUCGGCGCAAAUUAAAGUGUCCUAUCGAUGCCAGACGCGAGUUUUCAUCAUGAAUUUGCUGUCAAAGGUCAUCGCCAGUUGCAGCCAGUCAUCACUUAACUCAUGUGUCCACUUUGAUCUAACACUGGCUCGAAACCGAAGCACUGAAUCAGGCGGAAAGGAAGAUUUUCUCGUUUUGCACCUCUCUGAUCUGGUUCGCAUGUCAUUCAUCGGCGCCACCUCUGACUGUGAUGACCUUCGCAUGGAAGGACUGAAGGCGCUCGAGCUGGUCAUUGACAAGUUUGCCCAAGUUCCCGAGCCUGAGUUUCCUAAUCACGUCAUUUUGGAGCAAUUUCAAGCCCAAGUAGGGGCUGCCUUGAGACCAGCAUUCGCCGUGGACACACCAUCUCACGUGACAGCAAUGGCCUGCCAGGUGUGCAGUGCCUGGAUUGGAAGCGGUGUUGCCCGCGAUCUGAAUGAUCUUCGUCGAGUUCACCAGCUGCUCGUCUCAUCUCUCGAUAAACUGCAUAAGAAUUCAACAUCGCGAAUUUACAAUGAAAGCGCUUCGACGAUGGAAAAGCUGGCAAUCCUCAAGGCAUGGGCCGAAGUGUACAUGGUGGCAAUGGCACAGAAUGACAAGCAGCAGGCCGUUGAGCAGCAGGUGGAGUCAACGGAAGGUGCAACCAAGGAAAACCUACUGCAUCUGGUCGCGCCAGAACUGCUGACACUGUCCAAGUACUGGAUCUUUGCCCUGCGCGACCACGCGCUGCUCACCUUGCCCACCGAGUAUGUCAACCAGAUCCCACCUGAUGGCGGCACAUUUUUCAUUGUCGAGACAAUCGAAACGGUUCGACCAAUGUACAGAUCCUCAUGGCCCUCAAUCCUGAACGCUGCCGCUCUCUGGCUCUGCACCGGAAAGGGAUUUGAAAUUCUUGACCAGGAUAAGACGCUCAAUGUCUCCAAGUAUGAUCAGUUUUACCUUCUGUUUGGCAUCUGCAUGGAAGCGUUGAGCAAUCCAAAGUCAACUGAACAGACUUCACACGUGUCCACGUACUUGGACUCUCUGAAGGAGCUGAUCACCAAGAAUGAAGUCACAAAGACCGUUUUUGCCGAGAACAAUCAGCAAAUACGAGAGCUCUGUCAGGUGCUGCAUCGUCUACUGCUCACCCAUGAGGUGUCAGACUGUCAGAAUGUCAUUACUGAGAUUAUCAAGUCCGUCAUUGAAAUCGAAGCCGAGCGUAUUCAAGAUAAACGAGCUAGCUUGGCAAAGGCAAAUGAUGUGGCAGAGAAUGGCGAUGCUGAUGGGGAAAAGGAGACUGGUGCCGAUAGCUGUGGUAAAUCAACAGCAGCCUAUGAAGUGGGUGAAGGUGGAAAGAGUGGGGAAAUAAGCAUGCAGGAGUCGCUCGUUUACUCGCUCUUGGAAAUUUGUUUGUCCAUUUUGGUGCGUCAGCUGCCGCAACUGUGCCCCACACUGGCCUCAACGCCCGAGUUUACCUUCAUUCGCAGUCAGAAGUCAACAAAUUACCUGCUGUUCAACGGCGAUAAUGCCCGUCUCAUCGCCAAUGUUCUUUCCAUUCUCACCGAGCUGCCCAGUCUGUGCUCUCCACAGGGCAGCUUGACCAUUCUGCCCACCAUUUUAUACCUGCUUACCGGCGUCUUCUGUGAGCUGUCCGUCGUCAGUCAGACGAUAUACGAUGAGAAGCUGUACGAGAAGGAGCCCACAUUGACCUUUCUCAGGUGCAUCAAAACUCUGUGCACCUCUCCUUUUCUGGUGAACGCCGAGUCAAAGCAAAAGUGGACACAACUGCUGCAGAGUGCCGUCGCGAGAAUUCUCGACAUGAGCAAAACAAGCAACGAUGACCAGAAGCAGGAUUUUAUAUCAACUCUGCUGGCCAUUGGCGUAUUUGCCAUUUACUCUCCGCCCGAAGUGCUCUUCACCGCUCAGCUGCAGUAUCCCAUUAUCAAUCUGAUGACACAGGCACUUCAGUCGGACAAAGACCUGAUUCAGCUGAAGUGCAUUGAGACGUUAAAGUUAAUGUUCUCGCAAUGUGAAACGAGCAACGCUGUCUUUUACAUUCACAGCCUCGCACCGAAGACGAUUCAGGUCUUCUACUCGUUGAUCAAUUGCGUGAAAAGUGGCCAGUCACUGAGCAACGAAAAGGUAGAGUCCAUUCUGACAAUUUUGGCCUGCCUGGAGGUUUUCAUUGAAAAGGCAGCGGAGGACAAACGCAUUAACAUGCUAUCUAUCUACAUACCGGCGCUGAUAUCACUGCUGAACGGUGAGGUAAUGCAGAGUAAUUCACGCCUGAUGAGCAGCUCUAGUGCACAGCGAGUGAUGCUACACGAGCAGUCGCUGAAGAAGCUAACUGAAAUUGGACCAAAGUACACUGAAGAGUUUAAGCAAAUAAUGGCUAGCAAUUUGAGCUACAGUGAGGCUCUGAAAAGUGCAAUUCGAAAUCAGCAGAAGAAGGCAACCAGCGACAGUGAUAGCAGCAAGGGGAACGCUAGCAAAGGCUCUGCCUCUAUUCAGCUGAAGGUGGACUUUAGCAAGUACAAAUGA